AUGUCCUUCGAUCUCUCACACGCUCCUGUCACCCUACAUUCCGAUGGUACGGAGUCUCACGAGACCGUUGCCUUGACACCAAGAUCGACAGUCCCGUUGACCUCACCAAAACGGUUGAACAAUCCACCUUCACAUCGUCGAGCAAACACCGAGUACAUUGCAAGACCACCGCUUUUCGAAGAAGAACUUGGCGAUACAAUAUCAGACCAUCCGAAGAAUACCCCUUGGACGCAAACUUUCCCGAAGAAGAAGCUCGAAGCAAGAGCCAGGGUCUUGUCAGACUGGUUCCAAGGCAAAUCUGAUCCAGUGGAGUUGGGACUGAAAAUGGGGUCCAACGCUUCAGAUAGAACAGGGGUCGAUGCACGACAAGCUUCCGUCUCACAUACACGACAACACUCCACACCGGCGACAAAUCGGUUCUCAUUCUUUGGCUUGCGUCGGCAACCUAGCAAACCCAACUUUCCAGAACUCGCGGACGACGAAUUCCUUAACCUCGACAUCACUGCUGCUCUAUCAUUACCCGAAUCCGACUCUACCAAUGACGAGGCAUUGGAUGCCUUACGAGAACAUGCCGACCAAGUGCUACGACGCAUGCAAGAUGCUUACAAGCAGCGUACUUUCGCCAUGCACCAGGCAAUGCUAGAUAAGAACGAAAAGCAAGGAGAGCUCGAAGAAACUCGCUCAAGGGUCGACCACCUAAAGACGCAGCUGGACGGCAUGGCAGCCAAGGUACUGGAUCAGGAGAAAGCCAUGCAGGCCAUGGUCGAGGAGUUAGAGCAGGAGAAACGUAUGCGGAAGACCGAGUCCCGAAGUCGCAGUCCUACCAUGCGCACAGUACCCCCGGAUGACGAUGUUCCCUCCAUGGCGCUCCAAACUCCUCGCCGUGGCGGCAAACGUGCUAGCCACAGUACAUUCACCAGCGAUUCAGGCUUCGAGUCUGGGGAUGAAAGCAUUGCGGAGAGUGUUUUCUCCCAGCGUGAGGGUAUUGAGUCUCCCACCUCUACCAUGGCGGCCCUGUCUCCCAAUAUUUCUCAGAUCGCAUUGUCUACGCCGACUGGCCCGACACCAACAUCCACAAUCCAGAAGAACUUGGUCGCGGUUACGAAUGGACCGGCGCCUCCUCGUUCGUCCGCGUAUGAUCGAGUCAUCAAGGGUCUUGCCUCAACGCGUUUAGGAAGCUCUUUCACUGGCAACAACGCGGCGAAUUGUAACAACUGUUAUGGCGUGCCAGCUUCUGAGGCUUGGAGUGUGAUGGGUGUUUUGAAAGAGGAGAACCGGGGUUUGAAGACACGGCUGGGCGAACUUGAAGUUGUGAUUGACGAUUGCUUGGGGCUCGUCGGUCCUUGA